AAUGUAUCAGAAUACUUUCCAUCCUGCAAUUAUCUGCAUAUUCUGUUUAAUUGACACAUAUUUAACGGUGAAAGAAUUUCACUGUUUCAACAAACACAACAAAUUAAACAAACAUUCAGCAUUAGUAAUAUGCUCCUUCAUUCAAGAUCAGUGACACGCCUGUAGCUGGCAGAUUGACAUCAUUAUCCUGAGCUCAUCGGCUACAGUUGAAGUUAAUGUACCAAACCAAAUACAAUGAUUUAAAGUGAAGUGCACACAUGCACCAUGGUUUAUCAAAGGGAAAAACGUCCGAAAUAACAAGUUGCAUAAAAUUAAAAGUUGUUAAAAUGGUGAACGGGAAUUACGUGUUAUAUGGAGACCGACCCUCGUCGGAGUCCGAGAUCGUAGAUGACCAUGUGCAUUCACGAUCGAACGACCGCAAGAACAAACGCAAAGUGAAUAGGACCGCGAACGAACUUCAACACUCGCUAAAUCUCGCUCAACUAGACAACGAGACGGACUCCGUCAAAUAUGAAAAGAAAAUCAAAGAGCCGAGGUUGUUGCGUUACGUACCUACAACUGACGUAGAAGAAAAUUAUGUUACGGAGAAAUUUGAAACAUACGAUUUAAAGCCGACGGAGGAGCGACCGCGGCGUUACGCAUUUACGAAGAAACCUAAGAACCCGGCUGACGGGUCGGUGAAUUACGCUUACUCGCGGUCGAGCAGCAGCUGUAGCUCCCCGAACGGCAACCUGCCCACCAUCUCCGAGCACGGCGAGCAGUACGGCACGUACCGCGCGCACGCCAUGCCCAGCCCCGCCGUCAACGACCUCAUCGCCGGCUACGAUACCAAGCUGGACAAAUACUUCUCCAAACCAAGAGAUGUCAAGCCUUUUACUACUAAGGUAGGCUACAUAGGCUCGCACCCGGACAGCCUGUACCGUGUCGCCGCGGACAGCAGCGCAGGCGCAGGCAAGGUGACGCGCGUGCUCCGCGUGCUGCGGUGGCCCGUGGCCCUCGUCGCUGUGUGCGUCGCUCUCGCCGUCUUCGUGUACUUCCUUAUGCCUGACAACUUGGAGUCGAGGUCGGAGAACGACAACGCAACGUACUGGGAGCCGGUCGUAGCCGCCGGACACCGGCCGUACUCCGCCGGACACGGCCGCGACCACUACAAUAAGAAACCGGAAAGCGAUCACGAACAUGGUUCGAAAACAUCGGAAAUAGAUUUCUACGCCGGCGAAAACAAUAAAAACUACGAUUUAACCUCUGUUGUUGAUACGACAACAGAAGUAAAUCCCAAAAGAAAACUGCCCAUACCUCCAGUCUUCCCAACCCAUCUCACACCCGAAGUCCAGUAUGGUAAUGAAAAAGCGGACGCAGACAAAUUAAGAACACCUAAGGUUUUAGAAGACGUUGUAACAAACGACUCUACUCUAAAACCACAUAUAACGCAAAAACCUGAAAAACCGUUAGCGGUUUUCUUCAAAGAUGCACAAGGAACAACAACCACUGCGGCAACCGAAGCCAUAACGAGAGCAGAGACAGUAAAUAAUUUGAAUACUUACGAGAAACAAAAACCAACCGUCAAGAAAGUAGAGGAUGCCACAGUGAAAACGCAUCCAUCCGCUUACAAGGAUUUUAAUCCGAAGGUGUACAAAACGCACUCAACGCCCGAACGUCACGAACCUGCCGCGCACAAUUUCGGAGGAGUCGGAGUUCCAAUGGAAAUAAAGGAAUAUUACGGCCGCCGCCCCGCGACCUUAGAUCUCAACUUUACAUCAGGUCAUUCAAAAUUUUUCGGUGUUUCUAUAGAGGAUGCAGAAAAAAUUAAAUCGACAACUCAAAGUUCUCUAUAUAACACUAGAGUUUCCCCCACUCUUCCGACAUGGCGCGAUCGUGAUGACGCGACAACAAAAAAAUAUCCAACUAAUACCUACUCCGAGGUGCAAUGUCGUUCCACUCACAUGGCUCUUUGUCGUGGUGUGCUUCCGUACGACUUAGCCGGCGUGUCUGCGAAGGUUGGGGAGGUGGAGAUCACGUCUCUGCUCUCUCAGAUCGACUACCUGGUAGCAAGUAACUGCAGUGACCGCGUAAGGCAUUUUGCCUGCGCUCUACUAGAGCCUGAGUGCAACCCUCCACCUUACCCCGCAAAGAUGCCUUGUUACAGUCUUUGCAAAGCCAUCGUUGACAGCUGUGACGGUCACAUUCCUAGCGAACUAAUGCCAGCCUUUAAUUGCAAGCAAUAUUCGCGAACGAAUUGCGUUUCUGCCAAGACUCCUUGCUAUUCUCGGGAAUUCGAGUGCAGCGACAAUUCGUGUGUGCCGAGAGACUGGAUGUGCGAUGGCACUAAGGAUUGCCCCGCCGGAGAGGACGAAGCUUCAUGCGUGCGUUGUGAUCAAUCAGAAUACCGUUGCAGCACAGGGGGGUGUAUCUUGAAGCGGUGGCUGUGUGACGGAUACGCGGACUGCCCUGGGGGCGAGGACGAGCACGAGUCAACGUGUGGUGCGCGCCACGUGAACAUCCCAAGCGAGCCGCGACUGCACAGCGCCGCAGACACGCACAGCUUGGAUGCUGCGGUAGACACGCACGAGCCCGGCGAGGAGUCGGCAGGGUCCGCGCCCGCACCGGCCGUGCGACGCCCCAACAGGGUGCCCGUUGGACGCAAGGGUCAUUAUCGAGCUGGAGAGAAUGACAGCAGCAAGGAACUUUUGAUAACGAGCGACAGCAACAACGGUUUCAAAAGGAAUUAUACGCGCCGCCCUCUGCCAUCUAGGUUGUCGCAUUACUACCGCCCUCAAUCAUCACGUGUUACUGAUGCCGAUGAAGCACCUGACAAUGCCAGUAUGAAAAGGUCUGAUACAAGGAAAUCAGAAGGAGAAAAGACAACCCCAAAAAAUAUCCUAGAAAACGAAUCAAUUGAAGACGUCAAUAUGGGAGACCUUGGCUUUUUUGAAGAGUUUGAAAAGGACACCAAGGAGUCCACUUCUCCAGCUCACCGCGUCAAACCUAAAAUCGGUGGAGUGCCAACACCUAGACCUCCUCCGAUGGCACCAUUGCCAGCCACACAAACCACUCGCCUUGACAAGACGGCCAACAAAUUAGAUAGAGUCAUUGACGGCGCUGCGUUAUUGCGGAAAGCGGUAGCCGCGCAGGCAGCUGACACUAUAGAUGAGAUGGCCGAAAUGAACUCGACAGACAUCGAUAAGGAUGAUAUGGCACCCGGUGCAGACAGUCCUACUGAAAACAACAAAACCGGCGGAACUAGUUUGAUGACCACCGGCCGAACUACUAAUAAGGAUGACGCGAACAGGCCUAACAAGAAAGGUCCUGGUAGAGUUAAAUCUGAUGGGGAUCGCAAUUGGGCGGCGGCUCACACGUCGCCGUGCCCGAGCGGCGAGCUGCGCUGCGUGGACGGGCGCUGCAUCACGCUGGCGCAGCUCUGUGACGGUACCAUCGACUGCUCCGACCACGCAGACGAGGACAACUGCUAUACGUGAUCAAUGUAACAUCACACCGGUAAGUAACGUACCUAGUGCCUGCUAAUGUUGAUAACUCGAGUGAUAAAGAAACGAGACUGACCAGUGUCAAUGACUGCAAGAAUCUACGAGUGAUUAUAUUGUUAUAAUAUUCUUGGCGUGAAAUUGUGUGUUGUAGAUGUGUAUCUAUUUAGAUUUAAGAAGUGUAACUUACGUUUACCCAGUAAUAGUAAGUUUAAGCAAACAAAUUCGAAACUUAGCGCUGAAUCUCAUAUUACAGAUGUAAUUUUAGUUUGAAAUUGGUAUAAAACUGGCCCUUAAUUAACAGCAUAAUAGUAUAAUAAUAUGCCUUACACAUGAUAGAAGAAUUUGGACUCAGAAACCAGUGUGAAGAUGUUUUUAAGUUAUGUUAUAGUAUACGCUGUGAUAAAGCAAUGCAUGAUAAGAAGAAAGCUUUCCUUUUCCACGGCUAAAUAGUGUAUACAAACAGUUGCCGUCCAUUUUAGGCUGUCAGAUGUACCUGUAAAUCGGAUAAAGUAUUUAGAAUAAUGUUUAUAUGAAAACAAAUGACAAAUGAAAGUUCUUGCCCCGAAAACAGUCCAGUAGCUACUAGUAGCUAGGUUAUAGGACAUGGAUAGGUGAUAUGAGUAAUGUUACGUACACUCGUAUAUGUAUAACUCUAAAUAUAUUUGUAAUCACAUGUCGAAAUUAUGUCAAUUUAUUAGGUUAAAUUAUACUAUGAAUCUCAAAAAUGUUACUUUAAUAAUGUACUAAUGUUUAGAUGUUAAGUUAAUUAAGGUAAAUAUAUUUCCAUAAAUAUGAAUGGACGAACGAUGCUGUGUGUCGGCAAACGUAGUAAGGCUCUGUACCCAAGUAGAGCGAUGAUAUUCGUAAAGCAGGGAUUGGAGAAGAAGAGCUGGAGAUCGAUUUCAGUGGCGUGCAACAGGAGUGGAGUGGCCUAUGUCCAGAAAUGGGCUGAUGAUGAUGAUAAGGAAGAACGAAGUUCAAUCUGGUCUCUGGUUAUUAACCAGAGCCCGUACAACCUGUCAAGGUAAAAUUAUUGCAGUUACGGAAAUUCGACAGCGCGCCACAAGACAUUGAGUGACGUCUGUCUUCAAUAACUAUAAUGAUAUUUCUUUAAGUUUCUAGUGUUGCCCUUAAAAAAAGUUUAACCAAUAAUACUCAUUGCUCUACAAUUUAAAAAGGUAUAUAAAUAUAUAAUCUCAAUGUUUUGUCUUAAAUGUUUUGAAGGUUGUUUUCUUAACCAUAGUACUAAACAUUAAUAUUCUGUAAAUAUAUUAAUUAAUCACUUAAAUUUAAUACUCGAUGUAUAUUCUCAUGUUAUUCUAAAUUAUAAUAUUCUUAACAAGUAAGCAUGGAUGUAAUACUGAUACGCAUUUGUAAAUAGAAUUAACCAUGAUUUAUUUAUAGCGAUAAGUAUUUAUCUAGGUAAUGUAACCAUUAGUUUUUAGUUUAGUUGCCUUUUAUAUUUGUUGAUUAAAGGUCUGUCUUUGAUAAUCUCCCGUUAAAUCUUUGUAUUAAAUGAAUAUUUGGGUUAUACACAAAGCUGCCUUUGGUAACGCAGAACAGCGCGUGUACAAGAGCACUCCACAACAACCCUAUUUUUUUUUAUUUUAAAAUUGACCCAAUGCCGCUAUUAAUAAUGGCCGAUGAAUAAAUUAAUGGAAAUUGUAUUACCUAAACUGACACUAUUCGUAUUCACCUAAGCAUUUUGGCAAAACAAUAAUUGGAUGUUCAGUACGGAGAAGAACGCUCACGGUCAAUACAAUGAAUUUCCCCAUUAUUGUGUUGCAAAAUGCUUUAGAGAAUAAGAAAAUUGUAAUUUUAAGCCAAAUUUCAUUCAUUCAUUGGCCAUUGAAUACAGCAGAAUUGGGGCCUGGAUGUAUACAUCAAGAGAUCAUAGUAAACAUAAUUUUGUUUUAAAGUGAAUUUAUUGUUAAAUAAAGCUUCGAUUACACAUAAGAAAUCUGUACAAGUUUAAGCUUUCAGACUAUAUAAAUAGUCAGGGAGCGUAUUUAUCAACAAACAAAAACUCUCGAUAUCGAAUUUAUACUUAUUUCAAGUUAUAUUUAGACUUAAUGAAAACGGAUUGCAUUAUCACAAUCAACUAUGUUGUUUAUACAUAUUGUAACGAAUUAUUAGUAAAAUUAAAUAUUUUUUAGUAGAAAACGUGUACUCAUAUAUCAUUUGGUGUUUAUGUACAAAUAGAUAUCUACGUUUUUAAUGGAAACUUCAGAAAAAAUUGCAAGAUUUUAACACGUUUUUUUUUAUGUACCAAAACUCAAAAGUAGCACUUUAUACAUUUAAGUGAAUAACGAUUACUAUUCAAAAAUAGCCUACAGCUUUACCAACCAUCAUAUGAGUAAUUAUUUAAUAGUAAAGGUAAAACAGAAUUUUAUAAUAAAAAAUGCUAAUAACACUAAUGUUUUUACGAUUUCAUUUUGAGUCGAAAUUACAAAUAUAUUUUUGACCACAUAAAUAGAGAGGCAAUGAAAUUAAAUUCGAGAUUCAAAAACGUCAGAACAAAACUACAGUGAUCAUGUUAUCAAUGUCAUCUGUCAAAUAAAAAAAAAACAGAACUUAGCAUUUAUGACUAACAGAAGCGAAAUUUACUGCGAAAGUUAUUCAUCAUUAAAAUCGUUAUGGAAUUUAAAUGUAUUUAUUAAAUAGCCAUAAUAAAAUUCGAAAAUGCACUAAAAGAAUUAAGUGCACAUUAGUACGACAUAUAAACCUGUAUUAUAAGAAAUUACUACAUGAUAAGCAAAUAAACUUUUACAUUAAUUUACUGACAAUAUUUAGAAAUAAGUUUCCGUCCUUAACUUAACAUAGGUUUAGUUAAUCGUUUCGUUUUAUCCAAAGUAAUGUCAUAAUAAAUCUGAUUGCCCAAUUUAUAAAUUUUAAUAAAGGGUGUAUCAUAGUUCAGUAGGUAUUAAAAUAAAAUUGUAAAAUUAAUU